UGUAUAUAUAUUUUGUUUUUUUAGAAAUUUGUUAAAAUGAACAAAUUAAAAAAUUUUCUGGGAAGAGAGACUGAUCCAAUUCAAGCUGAACAUGUUGAUAUCAGUGAAGCAACCACUGCUACACCUGGAUUUCAACAAGAGGAAAUGGUGAGGGAAUUUGCAGAUGAUCCAACUCCUGACUCUGAGGUUAUCGAAAGCAUACAGGAUGUGUAUUUCAGCGAUAUGAAUUUUGAUGCUAGUCUUCAUGAACUGGAGAAAUUACCAGAAGUCUUAACUGAGGAAUCUUUGGACAAAUACAGAAACAAUUUAAGAAGGCAACUUCAAGCGGUAUCACGACAGUUGUCGCAGAAGAUUCUAGAAAAUCAAAGAGCAUAUGUCCGGGAACUGGAUAGAGUGAUGGAUUUAGAGGCAAAUCUGCAAAAAGCUACUAGCGUUUGCACACAUGGUCGAAUACGUCUCACCCAUGCUAAAACAGAAAUAGCCAUUAAUGGUUUGGAAGUACUGAGUAAGAAUCGCCGAAAAGUGCUUUUGCAGAAGUUAUUAAAGUCGCUUCGGUUUAUCAAAACAUUACAAGAGACAGAUGUUAGACUGAAAGAACUGUUACAGGAAAGUAAUUAUGCCAGUGCAAUCCAACUUUGUCUGGAAUGUCAACAAGCUGCAGUGACUUUUCAUCAAUACAACUGUAUCAGUGAACUGAGUUCAAAUUUACAAGAAAUCCUAGACCAAAUUGAGGAACAGUUAGAUGUUGCCCUUUCUAAUGUUUGUAUCAUGUUCAGUGAGAAGGAAUAUAGUAAAAUACAUCGAGCUUAUAAGCUUCUUGGAAAAACACAGAUUGCAAUGGAUCAACUUCAAAUGCAUUUUGUCAACACAAUAAACAAAGUAGCAGUAAAGACACUUUCCCAAAUUCUCCAAAAAGAUAACAGGUUGCCAGAAGAUCUAUCUUUUGCAUCUCUUUGCAAGAGUAUCACCUUAGAAGAAUUUACUCCAUGUCUUAUUUUAUUAUGCCAGAACUUUUGGAAUAUUAUGUAUAGUUAUCACCUCACAAUGAAAUGGCAUGAAGCAAAGGCGAGUUUACCAGACGAGAAUAAGGAACUAGAUGAAAUGAGUGCAGUUUUCGAUACAAAUUACAUAAAAAGCAAAUUGGAUCAGGGCCAAGCAAGGAUAUGGCAGGACAUACAACAGAAAAUCAAAAUUUUCGUAUUAUCAACAAAUUUUGCAUAUUUUAAAUAUGAUGACUUCAUAAAAGUACUGGAUAUUAUCAAUAGAUUGAUUACCAUUGGUGAAGAAUUUAGCCACAGCAAAUCGCACGCAUUGCAAGAACCCAUUCGUGCGCAGACAGUUAAUUACUUUAAAGCAUACCACAAAUCAACUUUAGACGAACUACAAAUGUUUUUGGAAAAUGAAGCAUGGGAACUGUGCCCAGUAAAGAAAAACUUUACUCUUCCAGAUUUACAAGAGUUUUAUUUCAUGAAGUCCCAUCUACUACCAAGAACAGCGAGUAAUCCUGAUGUUUCAAGUGAUACCAAAAAAGGUUAUUUUGAAAAUGGUGACUUUAACCACGCAAAAAGCCCAUUUGAUGCAACAGACGAAGAAGAAGAGACAUUGAAUGUCUCCAAAAGAGAUAGUGUUUACGAUUAUGAGGAUGAGGAUGAUGAAGAUGACGAUGACGACAUACCAGAUGAGCUGAAACAAGAUUUUGUUGAUGAAAACACUGGUGAGGAGUUACCACGUAUGAAUGCAAGAAAACGAAGAAAAAGUGAAAAUAUUUCUGAAAACACUCCAAUUGUGACCAACACGACUUUAAAUGUUUUGCGAUCUUUUGGUAAAUACAUGCAAAUGAUGACCGUGCUUAAGCCAAUUGCUUUCGAUGUUGUAAUUUGCAUGUCACAACUAUUUGAUUACUACUUGUAUUCGGUGUUUAUAUUUUUUACUGGGAAAUCAGACGGUGUUUUAGACUUAAAUUCUGUAUCUGAUGAAAAGUUGAAAAUAUGUCUCGCAAGAAUUAACAAUAAUAUUAUUCUUAAAUCGGACUCUGACGCUGAAGAUAGUCUAAAGGUUCCUGCUCCUAGCUUGUCUCCCAUGGUGAAUUUGACCGAUCCUUCUUGCUUGUAUGGUUUCACCCACAAACUUAUUGGAGUUGAGUCUCUCAUAUUUUUAGCAAAACAGUUAAGAGCAGUGUAUAAGAAUUUGGAUGCAUUGAUACCUGCUAACAAAAGAGCUUUUCUUGGACAAUUUUAUAGCCAGACUGUUGACAUUGCUGUUGAUCUGCGAAAGCCUGUAUUUAGAACAAUUGCAGAGAAAACUAUACAUUAUGAUCAAAUUCUGCACAUGAUGUCAUCAGUAAAAUGGGAUUUAAAAGAAAUCAUGUCACAACAUAGUCCGUAUGUUGAUUCGUUAGUGCAGGAAUACCAAAUAUUACAAAGAAAACUGCAGACGAUUAGUUCAAGUGUACCUGUUCCAAAUGAUUCAAUGUUAGCAUUAUGGGGAAAUGUGAUCAUACUAUCCAAUCGUUUGUUUGUUGAUGGAUAUUCGAAUGUGAAAAAAUGUAGUAAUGAAGGCCGAGCGCUGAUGCUGUUAGACUUUCAACAAUUUCUGAUGAAGAUUGAUAAAAUAACAAAAGUAAAACCAAUACCAGAACGAGAAUAUGUAGAGAAUUACAUCAAAGCUUUUUACUUGAGUGAAGCUCAUCUUGAGGAAUGGUUGAAAGAUCACGAGGAAUACACGUCGAAACAACUAAAGAACUUAGUCACCUGCGGUACGGGUUCACACAUCGGUAAAAAAAUGAGACAAAAACUAACUGGUUUCCUGGAAGAACUGGAAUCCAAAUCCAAAUCUUCUUCGUAGUUAUUUACAAAUCAGGCUGAUUAAUACUUUCACAAAGUGUUCAAUAUAUGUAUAUAAUACUGCUAGUGAAAUAAGAAAUUUUAAAUUAGUUUAUUUUUUGCCGAUAAAUUUUUUUCUAUUUGUGAAUUAGCGUAGAAUGUUUUUUUAUAUAUAAAACUUUCCUUCUUAUUCUUAUUCUUGUAUCGAUCAUUGAAAGUUGAGAGAAUGUACCGCUACACCAACUGUUAAACACUUGAAUUUCUUACAAGUAUUCUUCUACGGUGUAGGUGUUAAUAAAUUUGAAUCAGGAAAUUAAGUACAAGAUCUAAAAAACUUAGGAAAAUUUUAGUUUUAUAAAUUCGUUUUAAAUUUUGUUCUGUGGCAUCCAGCAGAGUUGUCAUUUGUGCUUGAAUCAAUUGUCAGUAUGAUUUUUCCCGUGUUAUCAGUUCUCUUACAGUUUGCAUUUCGGUGUGGAUCUCGUUUGCACGAUUAUAUCAGCACAUAUUUUUAGACCAAGGCUUAGAAAAACUGGAGAAUUUUUUAUUUCAAGAUGCUGUCUGAAGCCGAGGAAUACGCCUUUUUGACUUACUUUUAAACUAAGCUGACUUGAUCCCAGGAACUUCGCCACGUAUUCUUAUUUAAAAAAAAAAAAAUAAAACGUUAGCCCUACAUCACACAUAUUUUCAAACCUGGAAAUAAUAUCAUGAUGUAAUUCUGUCUCCAUCAUUGAUAACAAAAUAUCUUGUAUCGUUGAGUUAGUUUGUUUUUAUAUUUCUUCGUAUCUUUCUUCAAUGUCGAUAAAACCUUUAACACUUUAUUAGACGCAUCCAAUAAAUGCAAUUAUUUCUGUUCAAAAACAUGCAAUUUUUAGAAUUUCUGAAUCAUAAUUUCGAGUGUACAACUUUGUCAAUACGAUAUUAUUUAUUUUUAAUGGUAGAUAGAAAUGUAGAAAAUUUAAGUUUCACGGGUGCAGAUUUUGCCAAGCUGAAAUAUUUUUGUUACGUAUCA